GCGCGCCCCGCCCCGCGUCCAGCGACGCCGGCAGCGGAGACCUGGGCUUCCCCGGGCCGCAUCAGCGUCCCCUGCAGGCCGCGGCGGGCACGGCAGCCGGAAGAGCCCGAGCUCCUGCCACCGUGUCCGCGUCGCCGCCGCUGAGCUCCGCGGUGCCCCGAUUGCAGCCGAACGACCUCGGAGCCGCCCGCCGCGGCCCCGCGUCCUCCGAUCAGAGCCGCCGCGCCUCCCGCCCGGCCUCCGCCCUCCGCUCCCCGCCCGGGCCCGCCCGCACCGGCCUUCACUCUGGAGCGGCCCGGGCAGCCGCAGCAGGGGCGGCGGCGGCGCAUCGAGGAGCUCUCCAGGUCGUCCCGGGAGAAGCUGCUGCAGUCCCGGGACAGGAUGUUCUCCAAGCUUACGUCCAUCCUGCAGCAUGCCGUGGAGGCGCUCGCACCGUCUCUCCCGUUACAAGAAGAUUUUGUUUAUCACUGGAAGGCGAUUACACACUACUACAUAGAAACUUCAGAUGAUAAAGCCCCAGUGACCGACACAAACAUCCCAUCCCACCUGGAACAGAUGUUAGACAUCCUGGUCCAAGAAGAAAAUGAGCGGGAAUCUGGAGAGACAGGGCCAUGCAUGGAAUACCUGCUCCAUCACAAGAUCUUGGAAACGUUAUACACCUUAGGGAAAGCCGACUGCCCUCCAGGAAUGAAGCAGCAGGUUUUGGUGUUCUAUACCAAGCUUCUGGGACGAAUCCGGCAGCCCCUGCUUCCACACAUCAACGUACACAGGCCUGUGCAGAAAUUAAUUCGACUCUGUGGUGAGGUCCUUGCAACGCCAACGGAGAAUGAAGAGAUCCAGUUUCUCUGCAUCGUGUGUGCAAAGCUGAAACAGGAUCCCUACUUGGUCAACUUUUUCCUGGAGAACAAAUCAAAGUCCCUGGUGUCCAGAGGAGCUCUGAGUGUCAUCUCAGAGGAUGGCCCAAAAGGUCAGGACCCGGGGUCAGGAGACGUCAGCCAGUGCCAGCAGCCCCAGGAGCUGUCAGGUGCUACUGGGGUGGAGCCCACGGAGUCGGAGGAAGAGCCCCCUCACCAGAUGGAUGACCUGUCUGCAAGCCUAGAUGACCUCAAUGUCACCUCACUGCCGGAGGCCUCUGCCGUCCGGCCAAACCAGGACUACAACUUAGUGAAUUCUUUGUUAAACCUGACAAGAAGUCCUGACGGCCGGAUAGCUGUGAAGGCCUGCGAGGGCUUGAUGCUCUUGGUGAGCCUACCGGAGCCUGCGGCUGCCAAGUGCCUUGCUCAGAGCACCUGCCUGUGCGAGCUGCUGACCGGCAGACUCACCUCCCUGUACAAGGCUCUACCUCAGUCAGUGGACCCCUUAGACAUUGAAACCGUGGAGGCAGUUAACUGGGGGCAGCCGCAGUUGUUAAGGUCAUGAGCACAUUGCGGGCUAGGGCAGAGGGAGCCUGCCUUGGCAGACCUUCCGUCCCAUUCCUGCUCCUCUACUGUCUCUCGGCUGGCACCUUGGUCAAGUCCCUGCCGUCCGGACGGUCCUCUGCAUUAGCCUCCUCCAGCUUCAGGAGUGAACUGAUUUAUGGCUUUUGUAUGAAGGGACAUCUCUUAUCUGCGUCUCCCAUAAGUAUCUUCUGAUUGGUACCCAGUGUUGCUCUGUGUAUUGAAUGAGCUCAUUCAGGGGCCUCCUUUCCCUGUGUCCACACUUGCCUGGCCUCAGGUUGUUCUCUGUGUCUCACAGGUUGGACUCAUACAGCCAUAAAGAAGACGCUUCGGCGUUCCCGGGGAAGCGGGCCUUAAUUUCAUUUCUUUCCUGGUUCGAUUACUGUGAUCAGCUCAUCAAGGAGGCACAAAAGACUGCUGCUGUUGCUCUCGCCAAAGCCAUCCACGAAAGGUUCUUUGUUGGUGUCAUGGAACCCCAGCUGAUGCAGACCUCUGAGAUGGGGAUUCUGACCUCGACGGCCUUGCUGCACCGCAUCGUCCGGCAAGUGACCUCAGACGUCCUGCUUCAGGAAAUGGUGGUCUUCAUCCUCGGAGAACAGAGGGAGCCAGAAACUCUGUCAGAAAUUAGCAGACAUCCUCUAAGACAUAGGUUAAUCGAACAUUGCGAUCACAUAUCUGAUGAGAUCAGCAUCAUGACCCUGAGGAUGUUUGAGCAUCUCCUACAAAAGCCCAAUGAACACAUCCUCUACAACCUGGUCUUGAGAAACCUGGAAGAAAGAAACUAUACGGAGAACAAACCUUCCUGCCCGGAAGACAAGGACGUGGUGGAGAACGGGCUGAUAGCAGGCGCCGUAGAUCUGGAGGAAGAUCCAUUAUUUACUGACAUUUCACCAGAUAACACUCUGCCCAACCAAGAGUGGAUUUGUUCACCCCGCACCAGCCCAGACCAUCCCAAAAAUGAUGGCAAGACGGAAGUGCAUAAAGUGGUCAACAGUUUUCUCUGUCUAGUGCCAGAUGACGCAAAGUCCUCCUACCACGUGGAGGGCACCGGCUAUGACACCUACCUCCGAGACGCCCACAGGCAGUUCCGAGACUACUGUGCUAUCUGCUCACGAUGGGAGUGGCCAGGAGCCCCCAAACCACUGGAGAAGUGUGACCUAGAAGCAGCCUUCUUUGAAGGACAUUUUUUGAAAGUUUUAUUUGACAGAAUGGGAAGAAUUCUCGAUCAGCCGUACGAUGUGAAUCUGCAGGUGACCUCAGUGCUGUCCAGACUCUCGCUGUUCCCUCACCCACACACGCACGAGUACCUCCUGGAUCCUUACAUCAACCUGGCCUCUGGCUGCAGGUCUCUCUUCUCUGUGAUUGUCAGGGUUGUUGGUGACCUCAUGGUUCGAAUCCAGCGCAUUCAAGACUUCACCCCCAAGCUUCUCCUGGUCAGAAAGCGGCUGCUUGGCUUGGAGCCUGAAGGCCCCAUCGUUGACCACAUCACACUGCUGGAGGGUGUGAUUGUGUUAGAGGAGUUCUGCAAGGAGCUGGCGGCCAUUGCCUUUGUUAAGUACCACGCUUCCGCCACGCCGUGAAGGCCCCGGGUCACUGCACAUUUCCUCCGCUCAGCCACGAGAGGCUAAAACGCCUUGCAAAUGAAGUAUCGAGUCAACUGCACAGAAUGUUAAGAAUCCACUGCGUGACUGCUCUCAGUGAGGCCUGGUGUUGCUUCCUCUCGCUCUGCCAUAAUGAUUCCCUGUAUGGUUGCACGUUGUUCAAACCCAGGAAACAAUCAGACCUGAGGAGACUGGGUCUCCAGUGACCGAGAAGCUGCAAAGCUUGUGAUGUCAGGAACUUGGCUGGCAUUUUUGUUCUUUUAAUAUCCUUUUAAGCAGCAAAGCAUUUUGACAUUCUCUGGGACUCGAAUGCUUAUAUUCUUUUGUAUUAAUAAGCAGCAAAAAAAAAAUCACUAAUUUUAUAACUUUUUAAGGUUAAGAUUCUUAUCAUACAAAAUAUUUAGGGAAACUAAAUGAGGAAAAACGUCGUCGCUGAGGAACCAUCGAGAGUCUGGAGGAGGAGCUGGGUGCGUAGCAGCAUCGACUCCUUCAGCUUUUGUAAGAAUAACACUUUAAUAUGAUAAAGAAAUUCUUAAUAUAUUAUAUAUAUUUUUAAAGAAAUGUUCUUUUACUCUUUUGUGCACACAGUCAUAUUUGUGGUUGAUUUUCAUGCGUGGCUCCCAGUUUAUUUACAGCUGUCAUUUUUGCAACAGCAUUAGAUUUAUGCUCAUCGUUGGUAGUGUUUGCUAAAACAGUAUUUUUUUUUUAAGCUAAUUAACAGAUGCUGGGUUGAGACCCCCCCCCAUUUCCUCUCUGAAAUUGCUUUAUGAAAUUGCUUUAUGAAAUUGCUUUAUGGUUGACUUCCGUACUGACGUGUGUGGCAGUGUUAGCAGGACCUGGCUCUGGGGCGACAGUCGGCGUGCAGUGGGCCUCUCAGUGUUCACUGUUCUCUUUAUUAGGUUCAGUCUUUUGUCUUAAGUGAUUCUAAAGAGAUUUUGUUUUAAGUCUCUUCAUGUUCAGUUUACACCUUAAGGAUUUAAGGAAGCAGAGCGUGCGUGCGUCCGUGCGUGCUUGUUUGCCUGCGUGCAUGCAUGUGAGUGGUGCCGAUGCAGGGAUGUCUUGGUUAGCCAAGGUGCAGGGUACAGCUGCAGGACACACGGACAUCUUGUUCCCUUGUCUGUCUAGUCUUUAGUUGACUGAUGCCGGUCACUCGGUCUCUUGGCUGUGGUUCUGGAGCUCCUGUCCUCGUCCUUAUUGAAGCGUUAAGCAGCCCCUCUUCCUCUUCACUGGCCGUUACGAUGAGGGAGACAGUCGGGGGGGGGGGGCAGUCACCAGCUGAGCUGUACAGCCACAGCCACGGCCGCGGCAUGGCUCGGAGCUUGUUUGACACUGUGCUCAGUCUGUUUUUCUAGGGUUUCAGAUUCAUUGUAUAGCUUGGUUUUGCUACUAAGGAACAAACUACCAGAAGAUGAAGAGUGGCCUCAUUUCCAGAAUGUUCAUCAUUGUUUAAAAAAAAAAACAAAAAACGAAACUACUCUAUAUUUCUAACACAAUGGGAAUCUUUCUCGGUUCCUUCAAGAAAUCCGUUAAGUCAGAAAGAGAACCAGAGUGGGAGGCAGCGGUCCCCUGUGUGGCCUUCCUUCCGUGGCUCUGAGCAGCGAGCAGUGGUUCCCUCUGUUGUAUUUAUUGACAAGUUUCUGCAAGAAUCCCCCACAGCUCUUCCUCCUUCAGAUGUUGCUACCGUCGACUUUGAUGGUGGUGAUUUUGAGAUAAGGCAUUGAGAGGUACAGGUGUUUGUUAAUGUUCUCAUAGUGCUCUGUGGGCUACCAGUGAGGUGAGCUCUAGACCAAAAUACUCACACUUCGCUUCUCGGCUGGACCUAUGGCGCCCACGCCAUGAGCUCGGCAAAGCUUCUCCCCUGCGUGUUUGCUGCUCCCGACGAUACGCUUUUCCCAAGUUGUCCUAAUGACCUGCCCUGCAGCCAGCUCAGGUUAGCCUGUUUCUCAUCUAAGUUUAAUUCCUUUCUCAUAUCUAAUCCAGACCCAGAGUCAGCACAAGUCACGGAGCUGGGUUUGAGUUGAUUUAAAGAAACCACGAGCCACACCUAAGAUUUUUCUCACAGUCUCCGAGACUGCAGGAUUUCUUCCAUAGACUGUGUUGAGUGGAAAGUACCACCUUAGCAAGUGGUUGUCAGACUGAGUUCCAGCCUGCUUUGUGUUUGUAGAAACAGGAAAUAAGCAUGCACAUUGUUUCCCCACUUUCUAACAAUGUAGUCUGGUUUCUUUUCAGUAAUGAGCCAUUUUUCACUUGACCGAAUCAGAUUUGUCUUCGCCAGUCUCUACUGUUGUGCUCACAUAAGUAUGUAAUGUUCUCAUAACUUACCUGUGCAAUAUGAAGCUGUAGAUUCACAGCUUUUGGCCUAACUGUAUAUUAUUGUGUGUACAUGUGUGUAUAUAGACAUGUGUGUAUAUGUAUAUAUAUAUAUCUGUAUAUCUAUAAAAGGACCAAAGUCCUCAUAGCUUGCUUACACUGUUGCUAGUGUAAAGAUUGUUACAUUCAAUUUUACAGGGCACAAAUUAUAGAAUUAUUUCAUACUUUUCAUGGUAAAGUCUCCAUAAGUUAUUACAUUACUAUCUAGUUACCAUUUAAUUAUGAAGUUUACCGUGUAACAGAAGAAGUUACGGUGAAAUGCCAAACCCACAAACUAUGGUAAUUUUACAUUUUUGGUUGAUCAAUAAAGUAAGAUAUGCAUGUCAUCGUAACACUUAGAUAAUCCUCUUCUGGGCCCUGUAAAAUACUGUCACUGAUACUCUGUCGGCCUCCUGCCUUGUUUACAUUAAACAGAAUAUUUGGCAUAUUUUUCCACGCGCCAUGUGGGUCACUAGCAGUGCUGUGAAGGUCUGGAUUCCCAGGCCACCGAUGAGGAAGCUCUUCGGGUGACUGUGUGCCCACCGUCCCCUCCGGGCAGGUGGACGUCAGCUUCAGCUCUUGCGCUAACAGUGCAUGCAGGACAAAGAGGGAAAUCAAGAAAAAUAAAUCAAUGUAACUUAAACAGAA